CGCCCGCAAAACUGUCGCUCUCCACCCGCUUCCAAAAACCCUAAUCCCGCCUUCUGUUGCCACGCCCCUUAAAACCCUAACCCUUUGAUCCGAUCUCGGCGCAAUCUCCGAUCGGGCGACGAUGGACGCUCGUCGACCGCCUCUCUCCACUGUGCUAGGCGCCUUGCCCUAAAUGCCAGAUUCUGUUCUUUGUGUUUUCUGAUCUCUCUCGGAUUAGAUUUGCCCCAAACUCAUACCCUGGCGACGGAAAGCGACUCCGCUGCGCCGGCAGCGGGUGCCGGCGUGGAUCCCGGAAAGGUGGUGGCGCACGAGCCGGCGGCAGCGAAGACUGGGCGGUCGCCGUGGAGGAAAACGACAAGUUCAGUGGAUGGCGAAAAGCCAGAUGACCCGGUGAUGGACGCAGAGUCAUGGCCCACGCUUGGAGAUGCCAGGGCCAGAGGUUCGCCGGAUUGUGCUGAUAAGGUGACUCCUGCUGCUGUGCCACCACCUAUGGCGAUGGGCAAUGCAGGUCCAGCUCCAUGGAAUGUGCCGCCUCCACCACCCCCUCCUCCAGUUCAGGGGUCGAUGGGCAUGCGCAAAUCUGGUGGAUUUGGAAGUAACAAUUCUUCCAAGCAUCACUCAGUGCAUUCUAACAAGCAUGGUCCCAGACGUAACACACUGGUUAAUGGUGGGCCAUCUUUUCCUGUACACUUUGCAUACCACCAACAACCAGGGCAACCAGUAUUCUAUCCAGUUUUACAACCUCAAACCCUGAUAGUUCAUGAUUAUGCUUAUCAGACAUGCCGCACACCAUUUCCUAAUGGUCAGCCACACAUUGUGAAAUCUGGGGAAUCUCAUAUGCCAGUUUUUGUCCCAACCGGUCAAGCUGGAGGAAAUGAGGGAAACAGAAAUCUUCAGCCACUACCACGAGGAGAUCCAAGUAAUUGGCAUCCCGGAGCUGGAUAUGGUGGUAGACCAUAUAAUGUUUGUGAACCUCCUAACAAUUUCAAUCAAACAUGGGGCAAUCAUCGGGCUUUUGGUCCGAGGGACAGCAUCAAUAUGCCACAAGCUAUUGGACCAAGAACUUUUAUUAGGCCAGUUCCACGAUUUGUUGGUCCUGCUCCUGGAUUCAUUAAUGGACCUGGUUUCACUGGUCCUCCCCCUCCCAUGUAUUAUGUGUCUCCUGCUCCUCUUGAAAUGAUGCAUGGCCCUCCUCGCUUUUCUUCACAUCCUUCUCCUCCUGUCUAUCCCAGUCUAACACCGGAGAUGGCUGCUUUGAGAACUAAUAUAGUCAGGCAAAUUGAGUACUAUUUCAGUGAUGAGAACUUGAAGACAGAUGUUUACUUGAUAUCAUUACUGGAUGAGCAGGGAUGGGUACCUAUAUAUAGAAUUGCGGAUUUCAAUAGGGUAAAGAAAAUGACAAAUAAUAUACCCUUGAUUCUGGAUGCUUUGCGGGGCUCAAGUUUGGUAGAAGUCAAGGAUGACAAAAUAAGGCGGCGUGGUGAUUGGUCUAAGUGGGUUAAGGUUUCAACUCAUGCUACAUUAUCUCCACAACCUCAGCCCAUGGAGAGCCAAUCUUCUGUCAGGGUGGAGAAUAUUGAUACUACUGAAACUAAUGGGCAUUGCAUUUCUCACAAUAGCCAUCAAGCUGUUACUGAAGAUAAUGAUGAAUAUUCAGAUCAAACAAAUCAUUGUCAUAUAAAGGAAACUAAUAAGUAUUCAGAAUUUAUUACUGGGGACAUGCCUACUAGUGAUGGAAAAAUAGUAUAUGAUAGAGAUAGCAAGAACAACAAGGAGGUAGAAUCUGGAUUAUUUUCUGAGGCCGGACAAAGAGAUCCUUGCAGUGGUUGUAGUUUUACACUUGGUAAUGACUCCACUGGAAGCUAUGUUGAUGUCAAUAUUAAAUUGGGUGAUGCUGUUAGCUCCAGAAAUUCAGAGGAUGCAGCCAACCUGUCAAGUAAUGAUCCUAAACUCGAGAAAAUUUUUUUCCAAACAGAGAGUUCUGGCACACAAAAUUCAGGUUUUGAUAGUGGUUUCCUGGAUGAGUCUCUUAUCUUCAAUGCGCAAAGCACAUUUAUGCUUGAUGAGGAGCUCGAAUUAGAGCAGACAACAAACGAGAUGGAACAUCUCUCUUUACGCAAAAGAGUUGAUGAUGAAGAGGAUGAAAUGGAUGUUAAUGAUCAAGAUGUGCAUAGACUCAUAAUUGUGACACAGGAUAUUAGGGGUGACCACGAUGAUAGGACUGGCUCAGGGCAAUCGGAGACAAUAUCGAAUGAACUUGCAUCUGCUAUCAAUGACGGACUUUAUUUUUAUGAGCAGCAGGAGUUGCAUGCCAAACGAUCUAGUAGUCGGAGGAAUAAGGUUGGAACAGUGAAUAAAUCUGGGGAAUCUAGAACUUCCAUCACUGCAUCCUCAUCUUUGCAUUUGAAGGCAAACAUAAAUAUUGGAAAUAAUGCCUCUGAAGAGGCUGGUCAAGCUAAUUCCCGAAGGCGCCAAAAUAAAGGCACCAGCAAAUCACACACCUCACAUAAACGGCGUCUUUUUCCAAGCAAUUUUAGAAAUUAUGGCAGUGGACGAAAUCAUCAUGGAAUUGUGUCUGAGAGCCCACCAAGCAACUCGGUUGGAUUUUUUUUCGGAUCAACGCCACCAGAAAAUCCCGGAUUGAUGUCAUCAAAGUUGAGUUGCUCUCCACAUAGUUUUCUUUCUGGGAGUCCACCUGUGGGAUCGAUGCCAAAAUCAUUUCCACCAUUUCAGCAUCCAAGUCAUCAGCUUUUAGAAGAAAAUCAAUUUAAGCAGCAAAAGUAUCUGAAGUUCCACAAGAAAUGUCUUAAUGAUCGUAAGAGACUAGGAAUCGGUUGCAGUGAGGAAAUGAAUACUCUCUACCGGUUCUGGUCAUAUUUUCUCAGAGACAUGUUCAACAAAUCCAUGUACGAUGAAUUCUGUAAGCUCGCAAUGGAGGAUGCAGCUGCUAAGUAUAAUUAUGGACUAGAGUGUCUCUUCAGAUUUUAUAGUUAUGGGUUGGAGAAACACUUUAGAGAUGAUCUUUAUGAUGAUUUUGAACAGCUUACGCUUGAGUUCUACAAGAAAGGCAAUCUUUAUGGUCUUGAAAAAUACUGGGCAUUUCAUCACUACAGAGAAGAUCGCGGCAGUACCGAGCCUCUAAGGAAGCACCCCGAGUUGGAGAGGCUUCUUAGAGAAGAGUACCGCAGUUUGGAUGAUUUCAGGGCUAAGGAGAAGGCAGACAAGGUGUCCGGGAAAGAGUGUAGCAGCAGCAGAGGUGGUGGUUCCGUUGACUGAGAAAUCACACCAUGGAUAGCCGGGCUGGUGUAGGUUCUAGCUGCUUUACUGUGCCCGAUAAGUCGUCAGCCUCGCCUGUUGACUUACUUUUUGCAGUGGUUCAUAACUACUCCACCCCCGGGAAAAAUGCAAAAAGAAAAAAACCAGAGAGUUGGGUUCAGAGGCCCUGUACAUGCAUACAUGUGGAGAUUUUUGGGAUAUCCUUGCCGGUGGUAAAAAAAGUUGGCCGGGUCAGGAAUUCUUUUCUCUCCAGCCCGGAUUUGUACAUAAGGAGGAUAAGAACUGUAUCUGGAAUUGUGGAAAAUGACCAAUAAGAGAUUUGAAUCUAGGCAAGUCACCAGUUUUCCACUGGAGAUUUGAUA